AUGGAGUCGUCGUCCGCGGGCCAGUGCAAUGUGUCGCCCGACUCGGCAAUAGCCGACGUAAUAUCUACUUCGGCCGCGUCGGCCGGCGGCGAGCCGUCGUCUAACCGCGGAGGCGAUAACACCGGACCCGCCGACGCGGCAACGACCACCUCCGGCCGCACUCCGGACAGCGCCAGGAGCGCCUCGGGUACCGGAGCCGGAGAGCAGGCACCUCACCAGAUGACUCACUCGUACUCCCUGAGUGCCAUUCCCACGGACCAGGGACAGCGGGACAAGAAGAGGGCCACGGCCAGGUCCUCUCUGCCCACUGGCUACUCCGAGGCCUCGUACCGCAGCGAGGAGUACGCCCACAGGCAGUCGCCCCAGCAGCAGUUCGCGGCGCACCAGCAGAUGAUGGACUCCCUGCCGCGACCCUACCCUCCCCAGUCCAAGAGUUUUGGGUACGCGCCCAAGGACCUGUCGCGAUCCAUGGGAUCCACGGCGCUUCAGCGCGAGGACUCGUCCGGAGGGUACGCCGUGGAAAGCCCGAUGGCCAAGGGGGACCCCGGGCGCGCCGUGCGCAUCGACUACAGAGCUCCGGUUCCCCACGGCAUGAGCCGCAGCUUGCCCAAGCAGUCCUACUUUCCAGACGAAGAAGGUGAGCGCGUGUACUAUCCGUCGCGCAGUGCCGUGUGCUUGCAGGACGUGCCCCAGAAGCAACAGUACGCGGAGCCCUACUACCCGCCACACGUGCUCCGCAAAACUGACCCCGGCGGAAGGGUCUCGAGUUCGUCCUCCUUCAAGCCCAAGCGCGUCGUGGAUGAUCGGCAGGCCGAGCAGCGCUACUACGCCCCGUACUCGGCUGGGCCUAUGCACCCGAUGGUCGCCUACGACGACCUCGAGUAUCGAAAGAAGCUGGCGGCUUACACCGGGGACCAGCGCUGGAUGUACAAUCGCUACCAGGCGCACCACCAACAGUACGCGGUGCACAUGAUGCAGGAAGCCGGCGGCAACGACGCCUGUCGCGAGGCCGGAGACACCGUGGUCGUCAAGUCGUCCGGAGACUCUGGCGGUGAAGUCUCGAAGUACGCCACCAUGUCUCAGCAGAAGCUGACGCCCGAAGACGUUAACUCUAUGUACGUCAUCGUUCGCGACGCUCAGACGGGCACCGACACUCCGCUGCCCGCGACAGUGGAUGUUGACGAAUCUCCUCCGCCUUCGAAAGCAGCCGAGAUGCCCUUGCUCGGUGAAGUCGCCGCUCGGCAGAAGCAGGAGGCUUCAGGCUCUUCGUCGUCGUCUUCGUCGAGUGAGGAUGAAGAAGAAGAAGAAGAAGAAGAAUCGUCGAGCUCGGAGUCGACGUCUCGCUCGGCCACACCUGUGAACAAAGCUGGCAGCGCCGAGGACUACAUGGCUCCCGAAGUUGUCAAGCAGCGAAUGAUCGCCGAACACCUGCAGCAGCUUCAGCUGCAACACCAGCAGCAGCUGAUGAACAUGACUCAGCAGGAGUACUCGGAUUAUCAGGAAGCCUUGCGAAUCUACGAAAACUACUGCCAGCAGCUGCAGCAGCAGCAACAGCAACAGCAACAGCAGCUGAUGAUGCAGCAGCAACAGCAUCGCCAGCAACUUCAGCAGCAAGAGCAGCAGCAGCAGCAGCAGCAGCAGCAGCAGCAGCAGCAGCAGCAGCAGCAGCAGCAGCAGCAGAUCCAACAGCGGAACCAGUUCCAGCAACAGUCCCAUCAGCAACUGCAACAGCAGCAGCUUCAGCAACAGCAGCAGCUUCAGCAACAGCAGCAGCUUCAGCAACAGCUUCAGCCGCAGCAGCUACAGCAGCAGAAGAGUCAGCAGCAGUUUUAUCAGCAACAGCAGUUGGACCCUCGCGGUGCACUGCCAGAGAAGAAAAAAUCCGUGUACUUCGCCGGUGCGAACACCGAGGGCGCGGGCGAGAUGGCCAUUCGUGUUCCGGGUGAAGGCUCCAGCAUCCGUUCGUUCCAGUCGCGAACCAGCGGGGAUGCUGGAACCGGCGAGGUCAGCGUCGAGGACAACCGCAGCCUACUGUCGAGCAACACAAACAUGGUGACGCCGCUGCUGCGGCCUCUGCUGCCCGAACGGUCCGGACGCGCUGCGACCAAGGACAAGAUGGAGCAUGUUUGUCUCGCCGUCAACGUGGUCCUGUUCAGCGUGCUGGCCGGCGUCGUGGCAGCUUUCAUUGUCCAGCAGGUGACCCAUGCCAUGUGA